GUAGAUUCCUGUUCUCGGGUGCAGUUGCUGUUGCAGGGAGAUGAUGAGCUGAGAACUUUGGCAAAAUGGAGAAGCACAACAUGAGGGCAGUGACCUAUGAUGAUGUGCAUAUCAACUUUACUCGGGAAGAGUGGAAUUUGCUGGAUCCUUCCCAGAAGAAUCUCUACAAAGAUGUGAUGCUGGAGACCUACAGGAACCUCACUACUAUAGAAUGCAUUUGGGAAGACCAUAAUAGUGAAGAACAUUGUCAAUUUUCUAGAAGACAUGAAAGAACACAUACUAGAGAGAAACCCUAUGAAUGUAAUCAGUGUGGUAAGGCCUAUGCUUACCGCAGUACUCUUCAAAGCCAUGAAAGAACACAUACUGGAGAGAAACCCUAUGAAUGUAAUCAAUGUGGUAAGGCCUUUGCACGGCAUAAUGCUCUUCAAUACCAUGGAAGAACACAUACUGGAGAAAAACCCUAUGAAUGUAACCAGUGUGGUAAAGCCUUUGCAGCUCAAAGUACUCUUCAAGUACAUAAAAGAAUACAUACUGGAGAGAAACCCUAUGAAUGUAAUGAAUGUGGUAAGGCCUUUGCAGUUCACAGUAAUCUUCAAAACCAUAAAAGAACACAUACUAGAGAAAAACCCUAUGAAUGUAAUGAGUGUGGGAAAGCCUUUGCAUCUCACAAUAAUCUUCAGAACCAUAAAAGAACACAUACUGGAGAGAAACCCUAUGAAUGUAAUCAGUGUGGUAAGGCCUUUGCACGACACAGUAAUCUUCAAAACCAUAAAAGAACACAUAGUGGAGAGAAACCCUAUGAAUGUAAUGAGUGUGGUAAGGCCUUUGCACAAUACAGUAAUCUUCAAAAGCAUAAAAGAACACAUACUGGAGAGAAACCCUAUGAAUGUAAAGAGUGUGGGAAGGCCUUUGCAUUUCACAGUAAUCUGAAAUGCCAUAAAAGAAUACAUACUGGAGAGAAACCCUAUGAAUGCAAUGAGUGUGGAAAGGCCUUUGCAACUCACGGUACUCUUCAAAACCAUAAAAGAACACAUACAGGAGAGAAACUGUAUGAAUGUAAUCAGUGUGGCAAUGCCUUUGCUGUUCACAGUAAUCUUCAAAGCCAUAAAAGAACACAUACUGGAGAAAAACCCUAUGAAUGUAAAGAGUGUGGGAAGGCCUUUGCAUCUCACAAUAAUCUUCAGAACCAUAAAAGAACACAUACUGGAGAGAAACCCUAUAAAUGUAAUGAGUGUGGUAAGGCCUUUGCAGCUUAUCGUACUCUUCAAGUACAUAAAAGAAUACAUACUGGAGAGAAACCCUAUGAAUGUAAUGAAUGUGGUAAGGCUUUUUCACAGUACAUUGUUCUUCAAUGCCAUAAAAGAACACACACUGGAGAGAAACCAUACGUAUGUAAUCAGUGUGGCAAGGCCUUUGCAUCUCACAGUAAUCUUCAAAACCAUAAAAGAACACAUACUGGAGAGAAACCCUAUGAAUGUAAUCAGUGUGGGAAGGCAUUUGCAGCUCGCAGUACUCUUAAAAGGCAUAAAAUAUCUCACUCUAGAUAGAAACUCUAUGAACUUAAUCAGUGUGGUAAGAGCGUUGCACAGCACAGUCAUCUUCAAAGGCAUAAAAGAACACACAAAAGAGAGAAACCCGAUGGAUGUAUUUCAUGUGGUAAAGCACAGUAAUCUUCAAAGGCUUAAAAGA